AUGGUGACACUAUCAUACACAGCCGCCGCCGAUCAUCCGGUGUCGCUGGUACUCCGGGCGUACCUGUUGAUCACGGUAAUCGCCACCUUUUCCCGACCCGCCGAAGCCGUCCUUUCCGUGAACGCAACACCUGAAUACAUUCAUUCGUGUCGUAAAGCGGACGUUCAAUUCAAUAGUUGCAUAAAAGAAACAUUCAACCAUCUUAGGCCCUACCUCAUCGAUGGUAUCGAAGAGCUUACCGUGCCUCCGAUCGAACCAUUAGUUAUACCAAAAAUGCAAAUGGAAAACGGUCAUGGUGCAGUCAGGGUGAGGGCCAUACUCAGUAAUAUGACUAUACACGGCGCGAGCAAUUAUACAGUUUUAAACGUCAGGAGUGAUAUGAAUAAGUACCGCAUAGACUUAGGACUUUUCAUACCACACAUCGAAGCCACUGGAAGCUACGAUGUUAAUGGAAACGUGUUACUAUUACCCGUUAGAAGUAGAGGAGAAUUUUGGGCGUCCUUCGAAAACGUAACGGCCUUAGCAAAAUUAUAUGGAGUUGAGGUGAAUAAAGAAGGAGUGAAAUUUAUGAAAACCGAAAGAUUGGGAGUUGGUUUUAAAUUGGAAAAUUCAGAUUUUAAGAUCAAAGAUGCCAUCAACAUGCAAAACGUCAUAGGUGAAGCAAUGAACGUAUUCUUGAAUGAAAAUUCUGCAGAGAUCAUUGAAGAAAUGAAACCCGCCGCUUCUCAAGCCAUUGGCAAACAUUUCAAAAAUUUCUUGAACAACGCGUUCUUACAAAUUCCACUAAAAGUGUGGCUGAAAGACUCCGAAUAA